UUCACCAUGAUCUGCAACCUGGCACUAGCUUCACCAGCCAUAUAUCCCAACUCCACCCCUCCAUACAUAUAAAACCUCUGCAAAAUACGCCAUAACAGAAGAAGAAAAAAGCUUCCACCAACUGGCAAAAAUGGCAGCUACGAGCCUGAUUCUAUUUCCUUGUGUUUCUUCAUCUCCCAAAUCUCAACCACUUACUACAUUCCUGCCUCAAUCACCACCACUAUUGUGUUCUUCACCACAGAGAAGAAGAAUGUCUCACCACUUCAGAGCACCUGCAACCUCAGAAGGAGGAGGAAAUGGAGAACUGCAGCCAAAAGACAAGAAGAAGUUCAUAACCAAAGAACAAGAGCCAGAACAGUACUGGCAAACAGCAGGAGAAAGGGAAGGAGAGAAUCCCAUGAUGACACCACUUCCUUACAUUAUCAUAUUUGGGAUGUCCACUCCUUUUGUGAUUCUGGCUAUUGCUUUCGCUAAUGGUUGGAUCAAGGCUCCUAUAAGGUGA